AGCUGAAGCUGUGAUUGGAUAUGAGAAAAGCGGUAAGCAAAUAACAUUCGUCCACACGAAUGUUCCUGAACAGUUUCAGGGCAAAGGGGUUGGUAAAUUACUAGCUAAGUAUGCAUUUGACUACGCUCUUGCAAACAAGCUUGUUGUUGUUUGUAAGUGUCACUUCUUAGCAAAAUAUUACGAAAAUAAUAGGAAGCAGUUUAAAAACCUGUCAGUCAAAUUUGAACUAGAAGAGGAAGAUCAAAAGAAAUAAAGAUGGACAUAAUUUGGUAUAGGUGUAAUGUACAUUAUUAUUUACGUGAAAAAUGUUUUGGAAAAGCCAGAAAAAUAGUUAAAGAAGCAUUACAAUUAAAAUCUGAUACAACAGAGUUCCUCUUUUACAAUGGAGUUGCUAGUAUUUUGGAAGGCCAAGUCCAGGAUGGGAUCAAUGACCUCAAUCCUUUGCAGUCUGACAGAGAUCUGCAGUUAGCAGUAGUAAUGGCUUUGAUAUAUGGCCACAAGCUGGCUAAUGUAUUAGAGAAAGAUGUCUUAUACACCUUAGAAUCAAAACUGAAAGAAGAAAAGAAACAUGGGAACACCAUGUCUUAUUAUUAUGCAGGAUUAUUUUUGUCACUUGCAGAGAGGUAUGAAAAAGCCUCUGAGUAUAUAACCAAGUCACUAAAAAAGGAUUCCAAUAAUUUAGCUACAAUGAUUUUAAAAGGAUGGAAUGAUAUGUACAUGACAGUUGGUGACAUGCAAGCAUCUACAUUAGAUUAUUUAGAACUUGCACUAACCAGGAGUGAUAGAAAUGUAGAAGCCUUACUUGGCCUUGCAAAAUUCAAGUAUUUUGCAAAAGAUUUUGAAGCUUCAAAUCUUACAUUAGACAGGCUGAUAGUAAACAGCCCAGGACAAGUUGUGCCUUUAAUUGAAAAACUUAAAAAUGAAUUUGCUUUGCAAAAAUGGGAAGCUGUUUAUGAUACAAUGGAUCGAAUAUUACCCUUAGAACCUGAUAAUGUGGAAGUAUACAAAAUAAAGAUAUAUCUGGCACUCUGUAAGAACGCAGACUACAUUGAAGCUGCUGAUCAACUGAACAGGUUUUUCGGUGUCCUAGAAAUUGAAGAAGCAAAUAAUGGCUAUCAGUUUUAUAACACAACACAGAUAUUUUCCAAAAUCUGUGGCAGAUCAAGUGCUGUAUUGUCACAAGUUUAUAGAUUCGCCCAAUAUGCAUCAGAAAUGUACCCUAAUAAUGUGGAUUAUUUGAGUGAAGUUGGCUAUCAAUGUAUUCUUCAGGGGAAAUAUAAGGAUGCUGUAAACUUUUUCAAAGCUGCAAGCAAAAUAGACAGUAAUUCUAUAACAGCUCUUUGUGGCCUGACCCUUUGUCAAAUGUUUGAACAUGGCCCCACAGAACAGAUCACCCAACAAGUUGAGUUAUUGUUUGAAAUGCAAGGCAUGACCAAAUUACCAGUUUUGUAUCUUCUAUCAGCUCAGCUUAAUGUUAAGAACUCUGUAAAAGCUUCAUCCUUUCUGACCACUGCAUAUGAGACCAAAUUUCUAUAUGCUAACCAAAUCCCUUUUAGUUUAACAUAUAUCAAAGAAUUAGAUCCUGAUUUCCUUCUAGAUGUGUACAAAGAAUAUAGAAAGCAUUUGCCCAAGAAGCCUUUUGUUAUAGUAGACUAUUUACUGUACUCUCUAGAUGGAAAUGUCCCAGCUGUGUCUCAUUGCUUCAAGUUACUUGAAAAAAUCUGUGAGGCGUGUCCAAGUUUGAUAGCAGCGUUGUAUGAGUUGGCAAAGCUGAAGUUUUUAUUUGGUUAUUCGAUGAAGGCUCUCAAAUUAGCGACACAGGUAGGCGAACUAGACAGCACGCAUGCUGGAAGCCAAAUACUAUUGACUCAGAUCUAUAUCCAGCAACAAGCCUACAAUAAUGCUGCACAGUGCUUAGAAAUGUGUUUAAGUUACAACUUUAAAGUAAGGGACAGUGCAAUGUACCAUUUUCUCAAUGGAGUUAUUCAGAAGAGUUCCAAUCAAUAUCAGGAAGCACUGGCAAGUUUUACCACCGCCUUACAGAUAGCUAAUAGCAAGACCCAAGCGAAUAAUAUGAGCCGUCUUUAUGACUCAGAUUUGAAUAUCAUUGAUAAAGCCACAUUGUAUCUGCAAAUUAUUAAUAUGCAAACAUCUUUAGGGCAGUUGUCAGAAGCAGGGAAAACUAUGCAGGAAGCAAUUCAAGAGUUAUCUUACACAUCAGAAGAAGGCAGGUUACUCAUAGCAAGGGCAGACAUGGCCAUAGACAAAGGAGAUGUGGAUAAUGCCAUAGACAUCUUGAAUGAAAUCAAACCUGGCCAACCAUACUAUUUCCAGGCUCAUAGUAAAAUGGCCCAUAUUUACUUGAAAGAGAAAAAUGAUCGAGCCAUGUUCACCUCUUGUUUUAAAGACAUAGUGAAUAACCAUCCUAUGGCUGAUGCUCAUGUUAUGAUGGGAGACGCCUUUAUGUCUAUUCAUGAACCUAUCCAAGCUGCUGAGUCGUACGAGAUAGCUCUUAGGGGGAACCCCAAAGACAUCCAUCUGAUUAAGAAGCUAGGCACAGCUCUCGUUAAGAUGCACCAGUUCGAUAAAGCCACCCAACACUAUGAAGACGCUAUCAAGUUGCUGAACGAUGACGAACUCAAGUUUGAUUAUUUAGAACUACUUAUCAAGCUAAAGCAAUAUGACAAAGUGGACUCAAUAAUUACAUCAGACAUAAACCAACUGUACAACAGAGAUAAGGACGUAGCCACACUGAAGCGCCGCGUUCGCUACCUCACCACCCAAGCCAAAUGUCGCCAACUCGCAAAUCCAAAUGCUGGCAACACUCAUCUAAUCCUCGCCGAAGCGAAAGAGUUACAAAAUCACGUUGUAAAAAGAAUAGAAAUAGAUUCGAGAGGAGAUCUUCAAGAGGAGAGACGUAUUCUGUCGGAAAUACUUUGUUCGUUGGCGAAAGUGAAGUCGACUAAGGAACCAGCAGUCGCGGCGAAUUUGUACUCCGAAGCGUUGAUUAAUUUGCCAAGGGAACCUAAUACGCUGUUAGCCUUGGCCAAGUUAUUUGCUGAUAUGAACCACCCAGAGAAAUGCGAGCAGACCUGUUCUGUGUUGCUGAGCACCGACCCCAACAACGAGGCGGCCGCUGUCAUGAUGGCGGACCUUGCGUUCCGGAAGGUGGACUUCGAAACAGCCCAGCGUCACCUGAAUCAGAUCCUAUCAGUGAAGCCGCUGAGUUGGGAGGCGCUCGCGCAGCUGAUCGAAGUGCAGUGGCGGCGCGGCAAACUGGCCGAGGCCGAACCAGCUUUAGAUGCAGCCAAGCUUGCGCUGGAAGACGCUGAUGACCCAGGGUACUUCUAUUGCUCGGGCGUGUACUCCUGUUACCUAGGUCGCGCCAACGCGGCAUUGAGACAGCUGAAUGUAGCGCGUCGUGGCGCCGCGUGGAGUCAGCGCGCCGCCACUAGGAUGGUGUUGUUGUGUUUGGCUCACCAAGCACCAGAUGCUCCACACGCCUUGGCUGACACCUUCGCCGCUUCUGGAGACGACUCGGAUACAAGAACGCUUGCGCUGCGUACAGCGGAGAAACUACUAGUGGAAGUGGCGCCAAGUGAGCGUAAAUCGCUUCAAGCGCUUCUUCAGCUCGCGACGAAACAGAAACAGCAAGCGGAGAAAGUGCUGCAGGAUUUGUUGCCUCUUGUCACGGACGACGUGUACCAGGACGACCCAUACUUGAUACUGGCUAUUGCGAACGCUUACAAUAUAAUAAAACAACCUACAAGAGCCAAGAACAUACUGAAAAGAACCAUAUCUGCGAUCGCUUGGACACCAGAGAAAGCGGAUGGUUUAGAGAGAUGUUGGUUGGAAGUAGCCGACAACCAAGUGAGCUCCGGAAGAUCGGAGGCUGCGAAGGAGUUGCUCACGAAAAUUCUGAAUCACAAUAAUUCGUGUGCCACCGCCUACCAAUAUUUAGGCUUCUUAGCUGAGAAAGAGCAGAACUACAAAAGCGCUGCCCACAAUUACGACAACGCUUGGACACACGGUGGAAAAAGCGAUCUAGCUGUGGGCUAUAAACUAGCACACGCUUACCUAAAGCUGAAGAAAUACCCAGAAUGUAUAGUGGUCUGCCGACAUAUACUGAAGGCUCAUCCAGAUUACCCAAAAAUAAAGAAGGAAAUACUUGAUAAGGCUAAGAGUAAUUUGAGAACGUAAACUUUUUUGUUGAAUUUCACAAAUGCACUUACUGAUUUGUAUGCGGUGUGACGAAUGGAUUUAAGUUCUAUGUAUCGUUUACGCAUUUUUGUAAAAAAAAAGGAGAAAAAGAAUCGCAAAUAAUAAAUACUGAGAAGAAUUUUAAACAUAAACCUGCAAAAAUACCUGAAAUAAAUGGAACCUGCCUAUUCGAUUUGAAACUUAAAUUUGAGCCUACAAAGGUUAAAAUAAAAAUGAAUUGGAGCUAAUUUUAUUACGUAAAAAGAAGUGUAUUAAUAGGAAAAACGUAUAGUACGUAUACAGAAAGAUUGCAUUCUUACGUGAGGUAACAUCGGUAGAGGAAUAACCCUUGCGCAAUCCAAAAAAAUGGAAACAAGGUAGAACACAGAAAAUUCUUCUUUUAAAAGGGGAACAAAAACACUUUAAUGUAAACUAUACUGUAAUGUAGCUAAUUUGAAAUUAACAGAAAUGUAGUACAAUUACACAGUAAUUCAAUGUUCGCACAAUAAAACGAUCAUGUUCAAUA